GAACAUGUCUAAAUUAAUCCGGCGCACAAAGAGCAAGUAUACUUUAUAAUCGACGACCAAGUUCAGUCCGUAGUUUACGUCAGUUUACCUCAUCACUAUAACACGAUCUAGGGGGUGAAAAGAAAUUCAGCAUCAUAAGGAUCCUUGUACCAACGAGAUGAUGGUGAUUUGAUAACUCUUGUGUGUGCAACGCAUGCAAAAUGGUUCCAGAAUUUAGGCUCAUCACUGUGGUUCAGCCACUGAUCCCGCAUGUAAUAACAGUCUACCUUGCUUUAGCUGCGGCCGAUUACUCGUGCAAGGAUAACAAUCGCAUCAACUACACUUUACCAAUGUUUGAAGCGUGUCCCGAGAGAGAACAUCCUGGGUCGGGUAGGUUGAAGACCGUCCCCAAGUUGAUCCCGAUUUCUUCAGUUGUUUCUGGCUGUCACCAAGGUAGAAAGAACGAAAUUUCACCGGGGUUACGUAUCUGCAAAAUUCCAGAUUGCGUAAGUAAUCCAUGUGAAAACGGCUGGUGCGAGGAGACAAUCACAGCUUUCGUCUGCCACUGUCCACCUUUAUUCACCGGACGUUACUGCGAAGAGAGAGUAACAACCCAGGUUGUGUUCGACUGCCCUCCAGACUUCAACCAUACGGUAGAACUAGGGAGUUUAUGUACGGUGGCGUACUGGGUUCCACCUAACACCACCAACACACAGGGUGCACCCACCGUGAGAGCCAACCUCCAUCCUGGACACUUCUUCAAGGUUACCAAUGAGACAGUGAAAGUCGGCUACACAGUCAGUGAUGGGAGUGGAUGGGUUGACGAAUCUUGUUCCUUUAACAUCAACACUCAUUAUGUGGACACAACUCCGCCAGUUGUGAGGUGCGUUGAAGACAUCAACACUUCUGUCGAGCUUGGUACUCCCAAUACCUCAGUCGCAUUUACCCAGCCAGCAGCUUCAGAUAUAUCUGGCGACGUGGCCCUUGUUUCACACAACCACGAAUCGGGGGACCGAUUCGUAGUAGGGUCAACCGUCGUCGAGUACGUGUUUACCGAUGGGAGUGGGAAUAAUGCAUCCUGCAUAUUCAAUGUGACCGUCAAUGCUAUUGAUACCACGCCUCCGAUGGUCACGUGGUGUCCUGCAAACCAGACCAUUACGGUUCCUGUUGGGGAAUUCACCCAGGCUUUCACCUGGAGCACACCGAUAGGUAUGGAUGAAGCAGGGAUUGCAUCAAUUAUUCCUAGUCAUGAGCCUGGUAUGGAUGUCACGGUUGGUAAUACCAUCACAGUCGUCUACACAGUUACUGAUAACAGUGGACUAACCAACAUCAGUUGUUCCUUCAACCUCACUGCUCGAUCAGAAGAUCCGAGCUGGAAAUGUUCAUCGUCGAAGUGCUACCAACUACUUAAUGGUCUGUCUGAUUGGUACGAGUCCAAACUCCGCUGUAGUGCAAUGAAUUCCGUCCUCACCCGGGCAGGAUUGAAGACGCCGUCCCUCCUACAUUUAAGCUCUGAAGGCGAAUUCAAACAAAUGCGAGAGUUAAUCGACCUGAAGCUUGUUUAUUACUGGAUCUUGAUUUGGAUUAACUGUAACGAUGAGGUCGAUGAAGGGGUGUUCGUAUGCGAUGUUGAUGGCUCGGGAACAGGAACACCAUUGCAACUAAUAAACUGGGGAAUAAAUCAACCGAAUGGCGGACCAGAUGAGAAUUGCGUAAUGACGAAUUCUUUUAUAUUCAUGCUGGACGAUGAAACGUGCCAUUUCAACAGGUCCACGGUUUGUCAGUUAGUACUUAACCCAUCGUACGGUACCAGUCAAUAAAAAGUGGUGGAACGUGGGGAUAAGAUGGACCCCUUAACUUCCCAGCCGCGCCACUCUUACCCUAGAGUCAUGAGGAAGUUGUUCAUCGAGGUAUAUGUUGUGACCACAUAUUGAUUAAAAUUCAUUAUUAUCUGGGGAAAAAAAUCCAAUAUUGUAUAGUCUCACAACUUGUAGGCGGGGCCGUUUUACCCAAGGCUGAUUGUAAGACGGGUCAUAUAAUACGACAUACUCGUGUGUUAAGAUUUUGCAAGAUGUGAUCAGUAAUGCCCUCAUAAUCUAGUCUGCAGGCACAGACCCUCAUUGGAACUUUGAUCAACAAGUGUGCCUCCACGCAAAGACUAGCACAUACAAAACUUGCUGUUCCAAUACAGAGAGAGCCUUCAGUACACAAGGCACGAGUAGGCUGCACAUUCAGACCCUUAACUCGAGCGAAGGGUUUGCCCAGCAGACUACUCAUAAUCCGUCAUGAUCGAAUAAAACAAUUUGUUUAAAUUAGUCUUCAGCCCCUCUUUUUUUCCAAAACGUUUACAAAAAUGUAAUGAUUUCCAUUGUUCGUGAUUUUUUUGUUGCAUUGUCAGUCUCCUCCAAAUUUCAAAACCGUUCUGCGGUUGAUCUUUUACCAUUUUUGUAGGUCGUACACAAUAUUCAUGAAUAUAUUUGAUACAUUUUUCUAUUCCUUUCAAGGGUGUAAAAGCUCUCAGAAAUUGGUUUGCACAAGAAUGCUGAUUUUCCUGAUCUUUCAUGCUGUUUGUACAUUCAAAUUACUUUGCCUUAAUUCCAUGAAGCUGCAAUUAACAACUAAGGACAUAAAAUGAAGGAAAUAAGUGUUGAUAAAAAAUAAUUUGAAACAUCUCCAACAUUUUCUUUAUUAAGCUGUAAACCUUUUCCCUGGACGAACAAUCAUUAUUUGGGCAGCCACCCCCUGCCCUCCCCUAAUUUGCACCGCCCUUGAUAACUGUUCAGGCCAUUUUAUUCCACUUCUGCAUGUAUGUUCCACUGAAAUUUCGUGCGAGAGGGCAUAACGUUUGACAUGAUUCUACCCUAUUUCCUUCGUGCAAAGUCCCUGGUAUAAAUGGAAAAGAAUACAACUGGGUGGAAUCAGGCGUCUUGCAAGGAUCUACAUUGGGUCCGUUGAUAUUCGGUCUUUUAAUCAAUGCCAUGUGCAACGUAAAAAUUUACAUCUCAUUUUCUAAACUGCUUUUUUAAGCUGGUGAUGCAGCCAUUUUGAUCAUAAAAAACCAAGCAUGAAGUAAAGAAAAGUGGUUAAAGGCGUAAUUGGUUAAUUAAAUUUCACGGAUGAGCAUGGGUCCGUCAGAACUCGGAAUUACGUCGUGUCGUAAUUAGGAUUAAAACAAACCGGUGGCGUAAUGAGUCAAACAUUGGCGCAUGUAGCAAUUUUUGUAAAAUUCUUUUCAUAAACAGGUGAACUCCGCUGGCAAUCUCGGCUAUAUACAUUACGCGAUUCAAUAUAUAACAACAGUGCUGACUUGGAAAACUAUUAUUCACAAAAACAUCGUUCAUAAUUAUCAUAAUGAAAUACUAUGUACAUCGACCCUAAAUGACCAUUGACCCUGAAAGUGAUCAUGUGACCUAAGACCGAUACUUGAUUACCCAUAUGUCCAUAUACUUUCAAAGUUAUGAUGACAUUUCAAAACCUUCACCUUGGUUAAGAUUUCAUUGUUGAAGACGCCGCCGCCGUCGGAGAAGCCUAUAAUAUACAGUCUCUCUUUGCUCGUUGCUAUGCAGGCGAGGCCAAUUUUUUUUAUUUGUUGAUCGAUUUUAACAUGAUAUAAAAAACAUAAUAUCAUAUUUCAUCCCUUCCCUUUACUUUCCUUUUCUCUUUCUUUUCUUGAUCGGGGGGUUCAUGCAUGGCCCCGAAGCCCCCAUCUUUACGCCAGUGCAGGAUCUAAAUCAGGGAUUUUCAAAUGGUGGCGCACCGAGCAUUGCAGAGUGGCGCGUGGGAGCCGGUAUAAAAAUAAAUAAAAUAUAUGGAAAAAUGGGGGGGGGGGGGUGCAAAAAAUGUAUCUACCAGUAGGCCUAACCUAGAAAUGGGGAUUUGAUGAUCAUUUUUGUUCCAAAGAGAAAAUAAAUAAUCCUUACUUGACACUUAAAUGCUAAUUGAUUUCCUAAGAUUUUGUCUAAUUUAGCACUCGAUAACCCCUAUUAUGGAAGAUCGAUAUUGUGUUUUUAUUUAUAUUUAUUCUAUUCUGUACAAAGUUUCUGUGCCACACUAGUGAUUUGAAAGCCCCGUUCAUAGGAUUGCUAUUUCUACGGCGAGUAACUUUGCAUUUCCAGAGUAUAUGUUUUGGUUAAGUUUUAAACAUCAAAUAAUAUGAUAUUCAAAGAAAAUCCUGUUAAUAGAUAAUAAUGAAUUUGAGACAUAUUAACAAGUACUGAAACUUCGUUUCCGACGCCGAUUAAAUUCCAAUGUUGGUAAAGUGAAAUAUGCUCCGCGGUUGUCUCUACCGUGAUUGCCUACAUUCUUGCUUUACAUGAACUGAAUGAAUGAUACUGCACGUGAGUUGUAGAGAGAGAGGGGCAGUAUGGGGCGUUAGUGCAGUGCAACGCCUGAUUUUUCAGCCCUUGUAAAAUUAGGGAAUGUAUGGCGUACAGAUGGGGGUGGGGCUUGGGGGCUCCCCAAAUGUUUCAAGGCC